ACGCUACGAACAAAAAUGGCAUUAGAGCUUUUCUCGGACAACUCUGGUAUGAGUCCCAGGAUUUCAUUUUCUCUCGAUCUUUGUCAUUUUGAUCAAGUGCCUGUGGAUCAACGCCCUCUCAGAUCAUCAUCGAAACCUCCAUCCUUGAAUUCAUGCAUUGAUUUCGAUUUCUGCGUCGCCGAAAGCCUCGAACAACAACAACCAUCGUCCGCCGAUGAACUUUUCUCCGAUGGCAAAAUCCUUCCUACUGACAUCAAGAAAAACAACGUCCCUUCCAAGCAAACUGAUCACCAGUCUUCGCCUCCUCCGCCGCCGCCGCCUCACGAUGGUGCUAAUGUUGAUUCCACGAAAGAUAGCUCGAACGAAGAUGAUCAGAAGCAAAGUAGUUCGAAGUCUUCAUUUUGGGGUUUCAAAAGGAGUCGAAGCUUCCCUUGUGGAAGUGGCUAUGGCAGGAGCUUAUGCCCUUUGCCACUUCUGUCGAAAAGCAAUUCAACUGGCUCGACACCAAAUAUUAAACAACCUUCCAAUAAGCAUCUCAAGCCUCCAUUGAAGAAGAGUACUGCUUCUUAUAAGCCUUAUGGUAAUAUUAAUGGCAGUGUUCAUGUUAACCCGGUUCUCAAUGUUCAUUCUUUGAAUUUGUUCGGUUUGGGUUCAAUCUUCUUCAAUGGAAAAGCUAAGAAUUGCCACUGCCAGAGGAAAUGAUUUGACAUGUCAGUU